CGACAACGACAACGAAAGCACUUGCUGCGAAAUCACGAAUGAACCACCAGACGACAUCCAAUUGUCAUAGCUCGUCUUUUUUAGACGAAAGCGGAGAAACAAGAGGUACAUAAUUAUUAUCAUCUUAUUAUAACAGUUGCGUCGUGCAAUGAGAUUGUUCUUGAACAGUGGCCACGUGGUGAAUGCCUGUGUCACCAAAUCAACGCCGUCUCAGCCAGUGGGCUUGGCUCUCGAGAAGAUCAAGACACCAUCCCCGACCGGGUGGGGAGAAAUGAAAAUAUUGCGCGUGAGUAAACUCAGCAAAAAAAGUAUCUUUAGAAACUCUAGUGUUCCGGUUCAUGUCGGAGAUCGAGUGCUGGAAGUCAACGGUAUACCAGUCAACGAUCGAAAAAAAUUUCCUAACGGUGUCAAGGAUAUCAACGAGUUGAUACGACAAACCGAAAGUGUUCUCCAAAUCACACUGUGGAAGGAAGACGACGUCAGCUGUGGUGGGGAAGCGAAACCAAUGGUCAAGACAGUUCAAGAAAAAUGUAUAUCGCCCACCUCAAACGAAUGCAAACCAUCGCCAUCGAGACCUAUCCGAAUACAGUCGAAUCCUCGUGAGAUUCCAGACAACCAAAAAUCUCAGAGAAGUUCGGUUUGCAACAAGAAUCCCUUCAAGUCUCGCUGGGACACGAAAGAGCAAGUCGUAGAGGUUCAAGACGAUGGAGAACUUGUUUCUCACUCGUGUGAGAAGAAACGCCAGGAACACACUACUACUCCCAUGCAAUUAAAACUCUCCCCUGCAUUAGAGCCAUGGCCCUCUCAGCAAGAAGACAAAGAACAAUGCUCAGUAUCGUCGUCCACUCGAUCGUCCUCGCACUGCCUGACGAACCUGAUCGACCCGGGGGAUCUCAUGGAGCUCGACGGCUUCGAGAACCGAUCCGAGCGGAACGGUAUGACAGUUCAAGUAGUGCACAGAGAUGACGAGGGGACAACAAAAAGAAACCCUAGCCACCACCAGAGACGAAAAACAAUGUGGAUCGUCCGGCUGGUAAGCAACGCGGAUGGGAGUACCACCGGCAUCGGCCCAAAUCAACUAGUAGCGGUACCCGCGAAACACUUGAGGCAUUUUGUGUAGGAAAAAUGAAUAACUGCACGCAUAGUACUGCAUACAACUUAAAAACAAGUAGUAAAAGGAAUUCAACUCA